AUGGGAAGCCGGGAGCGGUCGGAGCGUCACGAGCAGGAGUGCUUCCAGGAGGAGCUGAGGAAGGCGCAGCGCAGACUGCUCAAGGUGUCGCGGGAUAAGAGCUUCCUGCUGGACCGGCUGUUGCAGUACGAGCACGUGGACGAGGAGUCCUCGGACUCGGAGGCAACGGCCUCGUCCGACAACAGCGACGGGGACGGGCCCAAGGGCGCAGCCGAGCCCCCGCCCCUGAAGAGGAAGCGGAGCCCCCAGCUGGGCGGCGCCUCGUCCCCGUCGUCCUCUGGCCUCUCCCUGCAAGCGACCACCGCCUUCCCGCUGCCGGGGUCUGGAGCCCCCUCCCCCUACCUGAGCUCGAUGGCGUCUCCCCCCUACAGCCCCUUUCCUGCCGAGUACCUGGCGCCUGAGCCUGGAGCUGCCCGGCAGGCCCCCGACCCCCCCGCCAAGGCCCCCCGCAAGCUCCAGAUGGCAUCGGCCGAGUGUUCGGUGGGGGGGGCGCUGGGGUUUGGGCCAGGCCGGGGUGGGGGCCCAGGCGCCCUGCCCCCGCUCUCGGCCUCGGCCAAGCUGCCGCCGCCGCCAGUGCCCUGCACGGUGCCGCAGCAGAUGUUCAGCGACACGGCCGAGGGCAGUGGCGACGACCCCCUGGAUGGCGACGACGAGCUUGUCAUUGACAUCCCCGAAUGACCCCUGACCCCAAUAAACACUGCCUCUGCUGCU